AUCUGUACAUAUAAAUGAUUGGCGUGCCAGCGGCUUUGGCUCUGGCGGCAAUCCUAUGAAACGUGAUUCUCUGAAAUUAAUGGCGACGUCUAGCGUUGUCGUGUUCAUUGUAAAAAAAUAAUGUUUCCCGGAGUUGAGGUUCGAUCGUGUGUAAAAAGGUGUUAAUAAAACUAAAAAGGAACGUACUCCAAUUCAGCGCAAAAGCAAAAGAGUAAUCGUGAUAAUGGACCAGGCACCUGCAGAUACAGAGUUAAGGAACAUCAUAGACAAACUGGCACAGUUUGUGGCUCGCAAUGGACCAGAGUUCGAGCAGAUGACAAAAAACAAGCAGAAGGACAAUCCAAAGUUUGGUUUCCUGUUCGGUGGAGAGCACUUCAACUACUAUCAAUACAAAGUGACUACAGAGCAAGCCAUUUUAAAGCAAAAAGGAAUAAAUCCAAUGCAAAAUGCAGACCCACGUUUAAACGUUUCGCAGCAGCAGCAAACAGCCGCUACCGUCGCGCAGCCACUGAAUAACGUCAAUCUUGCACCUGGCCUAAAUACUCAAAACAAUGGAUUGAACCCAGUAGUGGGAAUUGGACCAGUGGGAAAUCAAGCUGGUCCCGUUAUACCUGGAGUACCUGGACAAAUUGGAGGACCAGGAAAUGCAGGACCGCCGAUUGGACCAGUCCCUGGUGCUAUGGGAGGUGUAAAUCCACCAAUUGCUGGAGUCACACAACCGGUUAACAUUGGCGGACCCCCCGGAUGGCUUCAGAAUGAACUAGCAAAUCUGCAAUCGCAGCAAACCACGCUACAGGAACAAGUUAGACAAUCGGAACAAAAUCUGGCUGCACAACAUGCUGCAUUGAUGGCGCAGCAACAAGGAAGGGUUGAGGAUGCUGUUAGACAAGCUCAAGAAACUGCUUUACAAAAUAGUGCACAAAGCACAAGCACAGAUCUUGCUGCAUUCGACGCAGUGUUACAACCGAUUAUCGAUAGCUGCACAAAAGAUAGCAUAAGUGCGGGAAAGGCAUGGAUACUACAGAAUUCUGUUACUCCGCAAAGUAAUCAAGUUGUUGCGGAUCAUUUACUGAAAAAAGUAAUUCAAGCAACAAAUUUUAGUCACAAACUUCAUAUUAUCUAUUUGGUGAAUGACGUUUUGCAUCAUUGUGCAAGAAAAAAGUCUAUGGAUCUUCGCAAGGCGAUGGAAAGUGUUGUUGUACCCAUGUUCUGUAACACUUCACUAGCUGCAUCGGAAGAACAACUUAAUAAACUAAAUAAACUGCUAAGUUUGUGGGAAUCAAAAAAUAAUUACUUUGAUGAAGGAAUUAUAGAUAAAUUGAAGCAGCCAAGUGCAUCUUGGUCUGAAUAUCAGGCUAAUCUGGUGGCACAACAUGCUAGUGCAAUUACACCAAUCACAACGUCAACGAAGCAGACUUUCGAUAAUUAUCAAGCACAGCAUCAAGCGUUCGUUACUCAUGCGUUGCGACAAAUUCAAAACAUUGAGCAACAAAAAAUAGCAAUUGAUCAGCAAUUGAAAGCCCCGCCGCCGCCGCCGCCGCCUCAACUGAAUCAGCAGAAUAUGUCUAUGCCACCUAGUCAUUCCGGUCCUCCGGCUCCGAUAGGCACAGAUGUAAAUUUCAGUCAACCACCUCCUGGGUGGGGUGUACCACCUGGAAACGAUCCUCCGCCGUUCACAAACGUUCCACUACCAGACUUUUCGAAACCUCCGCCUGGAUUUGGUCCGCCGCCUGUUAUACAUGAACCAUCCGUUGAAGAUUUAAUGCCCAGUAUGCCUUACUACGAACUUCCUGCUGGUUUGAUGGUACCUCUGAUUAAAUUAGAAGACGCUGAAUACAAACCAUUAGACCCAGAUGCUAUUAGACUGCCACCGCCUGCUCCACCAAGCGAAAGAUUAGUAGCGGCUGUAGAAGCAUUCUACGCGCCGCCGAAUCACGAUUCACCGCGCGACAGCGAUGGAUGGGAGAAGUUAGGUUUAUACGAGUAUUAUAAAGCAAAGAAUGCCGCACGGAAGCGUAAAGAAGAGGAUGUCGUAGCCGGUAUAAGACAAAAAUCGAAAUCACCAUCGCCGAUUUUGAGGCCGAGAUCGAAAAGUCCUAGUCCACCAAAGAAACGAUAUCGAAGUAAAUCGAGAAGUAGAUCGCGGUCAAGAUCGAGAGGUAGAAGCAGAUCCAGAUCGCCGGCAACUAAUCACAGGCGUAAUAGUCGGAAUAGCAACCACAACAACAGAAGUAGGAGGAGAAGGAAUAGCAACAAAGAUAGAAGUCCUGAUCGACGGUUGGAUAGACAAGAUCGGAGUCCGACACCGCCCAGUUUUCUUGGAUCAACUUACAGUAAGGCUCCUCAAGAAAUUGGCAUAGACGAAAGUAACAAAGGCCAUCAGUUGCUCAAGAAAAUGGGUUGGGGUGGUGCAGGACUUGGUGCCAAUGAACAGGGUAUCGAAGCUCCUAUUUCGGGAGGUGAAAUUAGAGAUAAAAAUGAUCAGUAUAAGGGCGUCGGUAUUAAUCUAAACGAUCCGUACGAGAAUUUUAGAAAAAGCAAAGGUCAAGCAUUUAUUACUAGAAUGAAAGCGAGGGCGGAAGAACGUGCCGAAGAAAGAGGCGAACGGGACUGAAUAUAACCGAGUAAAAUAAUAAAAUUGUCUAUAAUAUAUCAUUUUGAUGACAGAUAUAAUUAUCGCGUACAGUGUAUAUCAACGUGGUUACAUGAUCGACACAAUUCUUGAACGGUCAAUUCUGUUAUUCUAUCGUGCGAAGUCUCGCGCUUUAGACGGUGUGGAUUGAUUUUCAAGAAUCCAUAUUAUUCGAUCAUUAUUGAAUGAAUUUUUAUACAAGUCUCUGGCUUGAUUACAAAAAUGUUACAUAAUAAUUAUUUAAUGAAAUUGCCAAAGUAUGCAUACGCGUGUUAUGUAGUUUUAUGUUCAUGAU